AUGAACCUGUCGAUACAUUGUGUGCCUUCAAAGGUACCUCUCUCUUCCCUUUAUGAAGGCUGUGCUUCGGAGAACGCUCAGACCAGGCCUGAUAUUCUCUCUGCUGGGGGCGCUGAAGAUGUCAUCCCUGAUUCUUACAUUGCUGUGAUGGGGUAUGACUUCCCUACCGUAGCCUUAUAUCGCCAUUACAUACAACUCCCUAAUGCCGACUUUUUCGAUUUUGGUGGGCUUAAAGGUUUUGGUGGUAUGUUUGAUCAGUCAACGAUCAUCAGCAUUUCAAAUGAUCCAACGUUGUUCAUGCAAGGGGCCCCUGAUGCCACAAAUUACAUCUACGAUGAGUCCGCUGGAGAAGAUAUCACACUGGUUGAUACUAGAGUCGACGUAAACAACCUGCAGUUUAGUGGCCGUGCUAUCUGGGGUGCCAACUUUGUGGAUGCCGUUAAUACGGAUAACAAUAGUCAUGGUAUUCUCCUUGCAUCUCUCACUGCUAGUAUAAAAUAUGGAGUUGUGAAGAAGGCAAAGAUUGCCAGUGUCAAGAUUCUCGAUGCAAAAGGAAUAGGAACGGUUAGUAAACUCGUUUCCGGAAUUGACUGGUGUCUUCAAAACGCUACAGAUAGGCAUGCUGUUAAGCAAACCGUCGUCCACCUAUGGCUCAGUGGAAGUUUUUCGCGAGCCGCCAAUGAUGUUGCAGAGAAAGCGGUGCAGUCUGGUAUUUUUGCAUCAGCUGCUGUUGAUGGUUUAAAUAUGAGAGCUAUCCCGCAUCUCUUUUACUAG